AUGAAUGGGAUGAGCAAGGGUGACUGGUCCUAUAACAAACAACUCCCAUGUAAGUACUGCGACCUCGAACGCGCCAGGAAUAGCUGGGGUCCGGCAUCCAGCUUCCCGAUCGUCCCAAGACAGACCGACCUAUCUAUCUGUCUGUGA